GAAUAGCAGACUGAAUCACUGGCCACACUUGGAGACAAAAGCAGCGUUGGAAGCACACCUGUAGCUCUCAGCUAAAGUGGAUGUGAGGGUCAAGCGUGCAAGGACCUCUUAGGAAGAGGCAUAGGGCUAUGAGCCUGAUGCUGUGAGGAAGAGGAGAAAGGAGGAACCGUCUCAGCAGGGCCCAUGUGUGACCGAAAAAGCUCCAGGAGGCAUGGUGGGAAGCGGGAAUCUCGUUCUUCAGGAGAGUCUCGUUCUUCAGGGGGAUCAGUGGAGGGAGGAGGAGGAGGAGGAGGGGGUAGUAGUGGUGGUGGUGGUGGUGGAGGAGUGGAGGGUCCCACGCUCCUAGUGGACGUUAAGGAGUUUCUUGCUAAAGCCAAAGAAGAUUUCCUAAAGAAAUGGGAGAACCCAGCACAGAAUACUGCAUCUCUGGACCAUUUUGAGAGGUUGAAGACUCUAGGCACUGGCUCGUUUGGACGAGUCAUGCUAGUCAAGCACAAAGAAUCAGGCCAGCAUUUUGCCAUGAAGAUCCUCGACAAACAGAAGGUGGUGAAACUGAAACAGAUAGAACACACACUGAAUGAGAAACGCAUCCUGCAGGCCGUCAGCUUCCCGUUCCUUGUGCGAUUGGAGCAUUCAUUCAAGGAUAAUACUAACCUGUAUAUGGUAAUGGAGUAUGUUCCUGGAGGAGAGAUGUUCUCUCACUUGCGUAGAAUCGGCCGGUUUAGUGAGCCUCAUGCCCGAUUCUACGCCGCCCAGAUAGUUCUGACCUUUGAAUACCUUCACUCACUUGAUCUUAUCUACCGAGAUCUAAAGCCUGAAAACCUGCUCAUAGACCAGCAGGGCUACAUACAGGUAACAGAUUUUGGAUUUGCUAAACGUGUAAAGGGCAGGACCUGGACACUGUGUGGCACACCUGAGUACCUGGCGCCAGAAAUCAUCCUCAGUAAAGGUUAUAAUAAAGCAGUGGACUGGUGGGCUCUGGGAGUGCUGAUCUAUGAAAUGGCUGCCGGUUACCCUCCGUUCUUUGCUGACCAGCCCAUCCAGAUCUACGAGAAGAUUGUUUCUGGAAAGGUUCGCUUCCCCUCACAUUUUAGCUCUGACCUGAAGGACCUGCUGAGGAACCUGCUGCAGGUAGAUCUGACGAAGCGCUUCGGUAACCUCAAGAACGGCGUCAACGACAUCAAGGGCCACAAAUGGUUUGCAACCACCGACUGGAUCGCAAUCUACCAGAAGAAGGUGGAAGCCCCCUUCAUCCCUAAGUGCAAAGGCCCCGGCGACACCAGCAACUUUGACGACUACGAGGAAGAAGAAAUCCGGGUCUCUUUCACAGAGAAAUGUGGAAAGGAGUUUGCUGAAUUCUAGAAGCAGCAGCGGAGGAGAGGGAUGGAGAGAAAUGAGAUGUGGGGCAACAGAGAGAAGAAAACGUUUUCCAGGGUGGUGAUGAUGAUGAUGGACUGGACUGAGCCUUAUCCGGUAACAACAACGUAGAGCCCUCACACACAGAUGGAGGGAGAAGAAGAACAAAGUCCUGAGAGAGACGCCAGCAGUGUUGCCUUUUCAGAUCCUUCGUCACUUGUUACUUGUCCAUUUUCAUGUUUUCCUCUUGUUUGGUAGCCAGGGUGCAUUGGGCAGAGAUUCAGUCACUUCUCUGUGACUGGCUGGCAUGGGAAUAUUUCUUCUUUUUUGUUUUUCCAGAGAUAUAGAGGUUACUUUCUGGUACAGAAUUUUGGCUUCUCCAGAGAAAAUUACACAACCCCCCCCUUUUUUUUUUUUUUUUUUUUUUUAAAUUAGCAAAGGUGUCCUUGCUCUGUAGUUCUCCACCCUGUCACAUCAUGUUUACUUCCUGUGCACCUAUUGGCACCCAAUACCAAAUCAAACCGACUUACACCGUUCAAGAGUUCUGGCUUUUUGUUUGACACGUCACCCAUUUCUCAUUUGGAUUUCAAGCAUCACACCACCAUCCUUCAAAUUUGUCAUGGCAUAUUAAUUGGCUACAGUACAGUGCUCUAAGAUCAGGCAGAAUCAGCCACUUGGUAUAAAGAUUGUUGUUUUGGAUCAUUCAUUCGUCAUUCUCUAGAUUAUUUAGUGUAUUUUAAGCCAGUAUGUUUGUAUUUAAGCCAAUAGAAUGUGCUUUGGGUUUAAAGUGGCCAUUGAAAAGACCGUAACUAUUUUAAAUUACACAUCUGUAGCAUGUAAGCAUACUUGAAGCUCCAAAUCCGUUAUUUUACACGUUUUCUCAGAUGGCUUUGAUUAUAAAAUAAAUUUCCAGAGAUAAACUUACGAUAAAAUUUACAGCGAGCACAAAGGCUUGUAAUACAGCUGGUUGUUUUUAAAAAGAUGCUUUUAAAGGAAAACGUUAAAGGAGAGCACUGUUUCUGUGGUUACACUGGGUUCCUGGUGGAUGAUGUUUUUUUGUUUUUUUUAUUAUUAUUAUUAUUAUUAUUAUUAUUCUUUCUGCCGUGUCGCCUGCUAGUGACCAAACCCUUUGUUUAAUUGAACAAGUCUGGUAUUUCUCCUUAUCCUUACCGACGAUAAGAAUAACCUCCACCUGACAUCAAAAUUGUUUGAAAAUUAGGCCGAUUUCCAAUACGUUUUAACUCUCUAAUGCUUCACUAAUCGAUCUCAAUUUCUGCUUCAAAUAAGCUUGUUGUUCAAGUUAGUUAGUGAAGCUCCAUUUGGCCUGUUGAAAUAUCGUCCAACGAACUGAUCAAAAUUAGUUCGCUUUCUAUCUUGCUUUGUAACUUUGUUGGAUGCAAGACAAUCUAAAUGCAAAAGUCCCCAUGAUUUUUUUGUUGUUGUUGUUUAGUUUCCAGAAGUGUGCAGUAAUGCGUAGUGUGUUGCAGAGAUUUUAUUUCGUUAUGCUUGAAACGCUUCGCGUCGAUGAAUAUUUAAUUCGAUUGUAAAGGUGAAGUGUAACUUCUGCACCAAUAGUGGCGCCAAACUGAACCGCAGUCUGUUUGAGUAACAGAAAGGACAUAAUAUAUUAGAAUUGAUCAAAGUCGUUAUUUUUGUGAUUUUGCUGCUACUAGUGGCGCAGAAUUGACACGCUUCACCUUUAAAACUGAGAUGCCCACCGUCGCUUACAGCUCAGUCCUUCAGGAGUCAGCUGUUCGUUGGGUGCCGAUUUCAAAAUCGUGCAAAGUCGGUUUUUGGUUUGUUCGUUUUGGUUUAUGAUAACUAAUGUAACUUAAUUUUGUUGAAUGUGUGCGAACUACAGAUUGGUGCCAGGUUAAAAUUGGUAUUUCAAACAACUCUUUUAAUAACAGAAGUAUCUAUUGGACACUGAAAGGCUUUGAUGCCAUUUAAAUUGCAGUGUGAGAUCAAAUUACUGUUCUUUUCCCUCUCAGGAAAUGUUUUCAAUGUAUUCUGCCAGAUUCACAGCCAAAACACACCAGAUUGGGUCAGUUUUUGACCAUUCGGGUGCUUAUGUAGCUUUAGAAACAUAGAUGAGCAAAGGGCAGGAGUUUAUAUUUCACAGAACAUUAUGGUAGGUUUAGAUUUUCUCUCCCUCAUUCCUCUCCCUGCAUGCCUAGCUUUUGCUGGGACAUUUUCUUGCCCUAUUUCUGGAGACUUUGUCAUAAAAUGGUUGUACAAACAGGAGAAACAGCUCCAUCUCUUGGUUUGAAAAGCUGGAGAACAAAACAAUCAGUGUUUAAAGAAUGCGUCUGUGUGUUUAGAUUACCCAGCAGGCUCUUCUGCGCUGGUUUUGUGACGCUUUAAGCAACGUAAGACUAUCCUCAACUGGUGUACUGAGUUAUAAUGUACAGGUUGGCUUCACGUGAGCUUUUUUCCUCAUCUUUGAGCUCGAUCGUGACAUGGAAGGGUUCUGUUUAAAGCAGCACCAUUUUAAAACAGUGACUUUUUGGGAAAUUAUGGCUCAAAUGCACCUUUCAUUACACCUUUUUUGUCAGAGCAUGGAAAAAUGUGACACUUUUGGCGGUAUUCAUAUGUCGUCCCUCUAUCUCUGGGUCCCGUCCCGUCCCUUCCUUUCAGAUACAUGGGUGUGACAUAUACAUCCUUCAGUCUGUUCAUUCACAUCGUCAGUCAUCUUUUUUUGUGUGUGUGCGCAUCAGUCCAUUAUACAGUUUGCCUUUGUACACAUCCAGUUUCCUACACUCUUCUAUUUGCUUUUUAAAAAAAAAAUCAUGAAGAAAACAUUUGAUUUACUUUUGCAUAUUUUCUAAGUGUAUUUUCAAUAACAGGAGUCUCUUUCCUCCCGACAUGGGUAUGGUGAUGGUGUAGUCUAUUGUACCUUCUCGGGAAACAAUACUGUAUAUUCUCUGCCUUUAACAGUCUUAAUUAUUUUACCUUCUGGAGAAGUUGACGGAUACCCGUAGGACACAUCGAGUAUGUUUAAAAAAAAAAAAAAUACACAGAAUAAUAUUUUGCAACAUGUAUCAUUCCAAUAAAGUUUUAAUUGUUAAAAUUA